AUGAAGAUCUCCUGGCUGCCGCGCCAUCUGGUCGCUGCGGCGUCUUUUCAGGAGAUUCAUCUGCUUCCUUCCUCUCGAGGCAGCGCCUUUCAGUUCGUGGACAUCGACGCCUCUCUCUCGCCCUGCUGCUCAGGCAGCGGUGCGGCUGCUGCGACUCUUCGCUUUCAAAUCGAAAGUGGAGGGCGCCCGCGGGCCCCCCAGAGUGAGGCGAGGCCGAGUAGGCGCCGGCGGCGGCGCUCAUCGAGCCUCUUUCCGCUAUUUCUCUUUCUCUUCUUUCCCAUCGUCUUCUCGAUCAUGUCCCUGCUGGUUUCGCCUGCCCUCGUCGCGGAGUGCCGGAGCUCGCGGGCGCCACCCGCCGCGGUCGACACGAAGCUGCUGCGCGCCGCAACUGGGGACACUCAGUGGCGUGGAUUCUCCUUCCCUCUCUCAGGUUUGUCUCUCCACGCGGAUAGAGGCUACGAGAACACACACGGCCUCGCUUCCAGGCUUCCCCAGCAGCGCCGCCCCCCGCCGCGCGUGCCUCGGCGCAGACAGCGUAGGCGAGGCGAGCCAUUCUCCGGUGCGCCUUUUGCUGAAGAAGCAAGCACGGAUCACACGAGGGAGCUGCGCAGCUCUCUCAGAAAGGCGUGCUCGACUGUGCUUUCCGCCCUUUCUCGCUUCCGUGGUGUGCGCACAGCGCGUUCGCCUCGCUCGCCGUUGUCGGCGUCCCUGUCUUCACGUCGUCUGCCUGUCUCCUUUUUGUUUCUGACUUCGUCUUGCAGCGCUUGCUCGUAUGCGCCCUCGAGUCUCUGCUUGAGUCCGUAUUCUCUUUUUUGUUCUCUCGAGCCUUCUGCCCCGUCCCCUCCAAGAGGUCCUUCCUUUUUGUUGGGGCGGUCAUUUCGUCUCAGCUCAGCGCUUCGUUCGCUGUUUCAUUCGUCUCGCACCCCGUCGCUUCCUGGCUCCUUCGCGUCUCCAUCGACUGCUCCAUCCGCGGCGUGUGCCGCACCUGCAUCCCACUGCUGUCUUUGUCAGUCGUCCCUUUCUUCGCGGCUAUCUUCGCCCUCUAUUUCUCCGUCUCCGCUGGCCCCUUUGGCGCCUUCUACGUUUCGGCUCCCGUCUCGCGGCUUGCCUUCUUGGCAGUCUGCGUCGACUCUCUCCUCGACGUCGCCUUCUCGCCCUCCGCCAUCCUCGGCGCCUUCGCUCUCCCUCGCCGAGGCGGAGGCCGUGCGCACGGAGUCUGCGGAGCGCGACAGCGUCCGCGCGGCGGUGGCCGAGCGCGAGAAGCUUCUUUCUUCUCCGCCUUCGCUGCUUUCUUCGCUGGAUCGCGUGCGCGAGCUCACCGGCCGCCACUCGACAGCGGAGCCCAUCGCCUUCUCCGCGUCUGGCGACGUGAAGCGCAUGAGCAGUGCGCGGCGCGACGCAAAACCCACAUCCGUCGUCGAUUCAGCAGCUCUUCGUGAGACUACGGCGUCCGUCGUCGCGCCUCCUUCCUCGGAGAGGCGGUCGAAGGAGACGGGCCGCGUCUCGGCUCUCUCGCCGGAGGCCACAGGCUGGCAGGUGCUACCCGACACCGAGUGGCGGAGCUACUCGAGGGAGCAGUUUUUUCACGAAAACAACACCGCGAACUACGAAGCGUUCCCCGAGACGUUGCCUCUCGCGCUGACGAGCUCAAAGCUCAAGCAUCUGCAGUCCAGACAGCGCGAAGUCUACCAAACGCGCAAGGCCACGGAGAGGCGCCCAGGGGCCAAGUCCUGGCGAGACUACCUCUCCUGGCUGCCGGAGGAGCGCAGGGAGGACGAUGAAGGCUUUCCGCCCCCCCCUGACUCCAACAUCGAAGAACUGCCGAUCAAAACGCUCGUUGUCGACAACGAGACAAUCCUCUACCGGCAGGCGUGUGCAGAGUCGCCGAUGAUUAUCGACGAGGAAACCUUCGAAAGGCUGAAGAGCAAGUGGCAGAACCGGACCGAGCUGCAGCGAGUUCAACGAGAGGAGAAGGCCCUCUACGACGUUCCGGAGGAAUUUCCCGACGCGGACUGGGUUCCUCUGAAGCCCAGCUUGCCGAUGGGCCGUCUGGUGGUGGACUACGGGCUCGUUCCAAACAUCACUCUGACUGCAGGGGGAUACGACUACAUCGAGACCUACCACGACCCGAAGAGGAACUACACCUGGUCAUAUAAGCGGUGGAAUCCCUUCAAGCAAGAAGGCGAAUUGCCGGGGUCGCGUGACAAUGAGACCGGCUCUAGCUUUGACCUGGAGACCGAACAAAGCAGACGCUACUGGGGCGAAGAAGCCAUGCCACCCGCGAAGGAGCUCGACGAUGGAGUCUUUCGGCAGGUGACUCUUGCAGAGGAGAUGACGCGAGGCACGAAGCGCACACCCGUCGGGAUGGAUCAGUGGCAGUUUACGCCCGUCCACCCGCUCGGGCACGUUGCGCAGGACCAGAACUUUUGCCUUUCAGCGCUCAAUCGGACGCUGCCCCAAGCGCGGGAGGAGGCUAGGCGAGAGGCCGCGUCUGCCGCCGCUCUCGCCGAACUGUACGCCAGGGCUGCCGCCGACGGCCGCGCAGAUUUGGUUGCAGGGAAGGGGACGUUGCCCUUGUGGAUCCCCCUGCCGAAGCCAGGUGCCGCUGCUUCGACUUCGUCUUCGUCACCUGCUCUGCGCGGCCGUUGCAAUCUUUCCGUGCCCGAGGGGGACGUGCGGAGCGGCGAGGACUCGGCGCCCUCGCAAGGCAGCGCAGCGAGCCGCAUCAGCCGAUCUCCAGCGCGGCUUCCGCCAGAUUCGCCUUCGUCUGACCCGCCGGCUGGGCCGUCGGCUGUGCGCCGAAGCGCGUACCAGCCCCUGGCUGAGGCGGAUAUCGCCGCUGGAGAACGCCCCGACGGCAUGAAGUAUCGCCAACUGGGCAAGAGCGAGUUGUUUGUGUCAGAAGUUGGCUUGGGGACCAUGACGGUAGGCAGUCCACAGCUGGGGCGGGAGAGAGCGUUUCAGCUGUUUGACUACGCUGUUGACUCCUGGGGUGUGAAUUUCAUCGACACUGCCGAGCUCUACCCUCUCCCUGCUGUUCCGCUCACUUACGGGCGCAGCGAGGAGAUUAUUGGAGACUGGUUGGCCAAGCGAGGGCCCAAGAAGAGAGAGGAACUCGUUAUCGCGACCAAAGUAGCUGGACGGGCCCCCACCACGCUAGACCAGACCGGGACGUGUCUGUCAAAACGGCAAAUUAUCGCAGCGGCCGAGGGAAGUCUGAAGCGCCUGAAGACGGACUACAUCGAUCUUUUCCAGCUGCACUGGCCAGACCGAUACGUUCCCCUGCAGAGCAGCGGAGACUUCGGCGACGUCCUCUUCGAUCCAGAGCGCGCCCGUGAGCAAGACAGACGCGACGAGGUGGUUCCAAUGGAGGAGCAACUGGAGGCUAUCAGCCAGCUACUUCGAGAAGGAAAAAUUCGGGCUUGGGGGCUAAGCAACGAGACACCCUACGGCGUUUGCCGCUUCACUGACCUGGCUACGCGCGUGUUCGGACUUCCGCCUCCAGCGUCGGUCCAAGUCCACUACAAUCUUCUCUGCCGGAAUGAUGUCGAGAAGGGCUUUGUGGAGCUUGCGAGGCCUCAAAACGCGGGUACUGCACUCGUUGCCUACGGUGCUUUCGGAGGCGGUAUUCUGACUGGAAAAUACUUGGAGUGGUUGGAGUACCCCACAACCGGGCGCAUGCUUCGGUUUCCCUCUUACAUGAAGCGGUACAGGGGUUCGCUCGCCGCAAGGGCCGUUACAGCAUAUUUUUAUCUGGCACUCCGACUCAAUCACCCGAAUCUCACGGUGAUGGCGCUCCGCUGGGUUCUCUCGCGUCCCUUCAUCUGCUCAACGGUGCUGGGGUUCACAGAUUUCCUCCAACUGCGCGAGAAUCUCUUCUGUACCACGCCGGCGUGCGGUGCACUCAGCGACUGGGCAGAGCGCGAAAUAAACUUCCUGCACUGGAAGUGGAGAGACGCGCUGCGAAUCAUUCAGUAA